GCGACGGGCGGGGCGCGGGGCAGUCGCGGGGCUUCGGGGAGAGGCCGGAGCGUGGCGGGGUUUGUCUGCGCGCCUGCUACCUUGGCUGGACCCGUGCAGCCGCUCGGUACCCCCAGGGACAGCUGCGAGCUGCAGGGACAGGCACCUGGCACCCAGCCUCAGGGAUGCUCUCCCCGGGUUUCCAGGUUCCAGCCUCGCGGUACCGAGCCAGGCUCGAGAGUGAGGAAGAAACCCGACCCGACCAGAUCGAAACCUUUCAGCGGAGCCCCCCGAGGGAAGGCAGGAGGGAGGACGACGAGGCCACGGAGGCUUCUCACUGUUCGGCCCGGAGAAGUCUGAACUGGCGGGGGAGAUCGGAACCGGGAGCAGGUGGUGAUCAUGGAGACCGAUGUGCACGAGAAGAGAGCUCUGUCUUCCCAGGAUGCUCCCCUUUCCCAAGAGCGGAGCACAGAAGAGGGGGAAGUGGCAGCUCUGCGACUCACAGCUAGAUCCCAGGCAUCAGUGACAUUCAAGGAUGUGGCCAUGGACUUUACCCCAGAGGAGUGGGGGAAGCUGGAUCCUGCCCAAAGGGAGGUGAUGCUGGAGAACUAUAGGAACCUGGUGUCGCUUUGGCUUCCAGUUUCCAAAUCUGAGAACUACAAUUUGGAGAGCGGAAAAGAACCACUGAUGCUUGAGAGAAAAGCCCCCAAAAGCAGCUAUUCAGACCUGGAGGCUAAACCUGAGGGCAAAGAUUCAACUUCAGCGCAAGAUAUUUCCAAAGAAGAAUCAUGCCAAGCCACAGUAAUAGACAGACUGACAGGAAACGGUGUCUAUGACUCCAGCUUGGAAACAACUCUUGAAUGUGAAAAUUGGUUAGAGAAUCAGCAAGGAAACCAGGAGAGACCCUUGAGAGAUAUGUUCACCCAUGUGAAUUCACUCCCCGAAGAAGGAGCUCAUGAGCAUGACGUAUAUUGGAAAAACUUUGGUCAGAAGUCUGUUCUUCUCACUCAAGACAGAGUUCCCAAAGGAUCUUAUGCCUUCCAUACACUUGGAAAGAGGUUGAAACCGAAAUCAAACUUAAUGAAAAAGCAAAGAACCUGUAAAGAGAAAAAACCUCAUAAAUGUAACGAUUGCGGGGAGCUCUUCACUUACCAUUCGGUGCUUAUUCGACACCAGAGAGUCCAUACUGGAGAGAAACCCUAUAGCUGUAAUGAAUGUGGGAAAUCUUUUAGCCACAGAGCUAAUUUAACUAAACAUCAGAGAACUCAUACCAGAAUUCUCUUUGAAUGCAGUGAAUGCAAGAAGGCCUUCACAGAAAGCUCAUCCCUCGCGAUACAUCAGAGAAUUCACAUUGGGGAGAGACCGUAUGAAUGCAAUGAAUGCGGAAAAGGUUUUAAUCGAAGUACACAUCUGGUACAGCAUCAGUUGAUUCAUACUGGAGUGAAGCCGUAUGAAUGUAAUGAAUGUGAUAAAGCUUUCAUUCAUUCCUCAGCUCUUAUUAAACAUCAAAGAACUCAUACUGGAGAGAAACCCUACAAAUGUCAGGAAUGUGGGAAAGCCUUUAGCCACUGCUCAUCCCUUACUAAACAUCAGAGAGUUCAUACUGGAGAAAAGCCAUAUGAAUGUAGCGAAUGUGGAAAAACCUUUAGUCAGAGCACACAUCUUGUUCAGCAUCAGAGAAUCCAUACUGGAGAGAAACCCUAUGAGUGUAACGAAUGUGGGAAAACCUUCAGCCGGAGCUCAAAUUUUGCUAAACAUCAAAGAAUUCAUAUUGGAAAGAAACCGUACAAAUGUAAUGAAUGUGGGAAAGCCUUCAUUCAUUCAUCAGCUCUUAUUCAACACCAGAGAACUCAUACUGGAGAGAAGCCUUACAGGUGUGACGAAUGUGGGAAAAGCUUUAAGUGCAGUUCAUCCCUCAUCAGACAUCAAAGAAUUCAUACUGAAGAGCAACUCUGAAAAAUUACUGAAUGUGAAGAAAUGUAAGUUGGUUUUAUCACUGUGUUAAAUACCUGAGCAUUUAGGUGGAAUACCCAUAAAAUGCUGCUGGAGGACCAAUCGUGUAUGCAUCUGAUUUUACUUGCAUAAUACAUAGUUUUGAGCCAUAAACAGAAUGUUCCUUCUAUCUACUGAUUGAAUCAGUAUGAAAGCUUCUAGCUAGGGAUCUCAAAUUUUGAUCCCCUUCCCCCCUACCCCCACCAAAUACCCUUUUGUGGAAAUUCAAGAAAUCCUUGGGAGUGGAUAGCAAUAUAAUUGUGGUGAAAUCUGGGUCCUCCCUCUCUUUGUCACAUCAAAGCCCUGUUUAUAGCUUCUCAUUCUGUACGGAAAUUCUUGUUUGUUAACUUAGGCAGAGGACCCAUAUCUUUAUCAUCAGGAAGGCACAGAGUUGUUCCUCUGGAUCCAAAGUAGAUCUCCAGAUAAUACAGGUAGUGUCAUUUCUCCAGAGAGGGUCAUUUCUUUUGUAUUAGCUAUAAAAUUUAAAGGUUAAAAGUUGAAAUAUGCUUUGGAUCCUCUCCUUGCCCCAAAGGCUACUGUCUCAUUUGAUGCACAUAAAUAGAAUGUAUUUACAGCAGGUUCCAAGUCACAUUCAUUUAAGAUUAUGCUGGUCAUCAGUUUAGAUAAUUGUUACCCUCUACUGUGUAGAUCUUCUUUUUCUACUUCCUUGGAAAUACCCUGAAGUUGAGAAUGGAUCAACGUCUUAACUGUAGUUUUCAGUCAAAUGCCUCUUUUCUCAUCUUUGGCAUUGAAGGAAUCCUGGUUGGUUGGUUGGUUGGUUGGUUGGUUUUUAUACUCACGUGAAGAUUUCAUUUCUUUACAUUAUUCUGCUUUCUGUAAACUAUGUCGCAUUGAGAAAAGGCCCCUGGGAUGUUGAGGGUCUGAAAAGUUGAUGAGUUCGAUGUGUUAUUAUAUUUAGGGUCCCAGUCAAGAAGAAUAAUUGAAGCAACUGUGAGACACAAGGACACACCUUCCUGUCAGAUAUGGAAAUUAGUUCACAAGGCAGUGACUCAUUGGAGGAUAAGCAGCCUCCCUCCAUGAAGAAGAGGUUGCCAUUUCUCUGGCUCUUAAAAGUCUGUCCACACUUUUUGUUGUUACUACUGUUCUCCCGAUAUGUGUGUUGGUCUUUGCUACAUCCCAAAGCCCCAAAGAAGGUAGAGGGGUGCCUGAGUGGCUCAGUCGGUUAAGCGUCCGACUUCGGCUCAGGUCACGAUCUCACGGUUCGUGAGUUCAAGCCCCGCGUCGGGCUCUGGGCUGACGGCUCAGAGCCUGGAGCCCGCUUCGGAUUCUGUGUCUCCCUCUGUCUGCCCCUCUGCUGCUUGCACUCUGUCUCUCGCAUUGUCUCAAAAAUAAACAUACAUUAAAAAAAAAUUUUUUUUUUAAAGAAGGUAGAAAAGACAUGAAACCACAAUGAUAACAUAAGUUAUUUGGGUGACCAAAAACCAGCAGUGGGAUUGGAAAAGCAAAAGUUGAAAUAAAUAUUUAGCCAAACGCUAUGCAAAUGUCAGUUUUUAUUGUUACUCUAUUGUAUGACAAGAAAAUCAUAGAAAAGGUAGAAGGAAAGUAGUGACAGAUUUCUUUUCUCUUCUAAAUUCUAUCCUUUAUGAACAUUUCAGCAACCAGUCCGUGCUCUUGCCUUCUCCACCCUAUCCUUGUUACUGUAAUUCCUUCUCUGUAAACCUUUGUUGUAUUAUUGAAAAAAGGUAGAGGAAUAGAGUUUAAAGAAGUGAUAGUGGAGAGCAAACAAGAUGGUUAAGGAUGAAGGAGUUGAAUCCAGCAGCAAUGAAAAUCAAGACAAUAGGAUACGGGGCCGAAAGGGCUGGAAAGAGGUUUUGGAAAGAACAAAAGAUACGUUGAAAGGGUGGAGGCUCCCUGUUUCCGAUUCUGUGUCUCCCUCUCUCUGACCCUCCCCUGUUCAUGCUCUGUCUCUCCCUGUCUCAAAAAUAAAUUAAAAAACGUUAAAAAGAAAAAAA